CUCGCAAGAGCAGAUCUUCCAGACACCUACCUAUUUCAACAAGCAUCACAAAGUGCUGACAACCUUGAUGAAUCAGAUCUUGCACAAUGGGAUGUUGAUCCACCAUACCACACUCCUCAACCUUUAGAGACCCCAGCAGAAGCUCACUGGACAGAAAACCUUGUCCAGGUGAUCCAUGGUCAAUGA